AGAAGUCGGCGCGGGCGACAAAUACUGUGUACCCUGCCAAGUCUGGCGAGUGCUAUUGAUUGUUGGUCAGAACCAGAACCACCAUGAGCAAGCGGAACCAAGUGUCCUAUGUGCGGCCCGCAGAGCCCGCCUUCCUGUCCCGCUUCAAAGAGAGAGUCGGCUACAAGGAGGGGCCCACCAUAGAGACCAAGAAAAUCCAGCCUCAGCUCCCAGAGGAAGAUGACAAUCACAGUGACAAAGAAGAUGAACAGCCUCAAGUAGUGGUUUUACAAAAGGGAGACCUAACAGCUGAAGAGGUCAUGAAAAUUAAAGCAGAAAUAAAGGCUGCCAAAGCAGACGAAGAACCUCCUCCAGCUGAUGGAAGAAUAGUUUAUCGAAAACCAGUUAAGCGUUCCUCAGAUGAAAAGUGUUCAGGUUUAACAGCAAGCUCCAAAAAGAAGAAAACAAAUGAAGAUGAUGUAAAUAAGCAAAGUUCAGUUAGAAAGAACACACAAAAACAAAUAAAAAAUAGCAGUCUCCUUUCUUUUGACAGUGAAGAUGAAAAUGAGUAAAUAUAAACAUUGUGCACUUUGUUUCCUUUAAAAGUAAUGAGGUGUUUUUAAAAAGAUACUUUUCCUAUAUCUUCAAAUGACACUUUGCACUCGUACUACAUUUCAUUACAGAAAAAUUCAGAAAUACAGGAAACUGUUUUGUAAAUAAACCUAUUCAUUACUGCCCCUUUGUUUGGAAAUGCCAGACAUUCACUACUGUUAACAUAUUUUAUUAUCUCCCACCUAUGGGUAUGUAUAUAUGUAUAUUGCAUUUUUAAACAAAACUGAGGUUGUUAUAUUUAUCCUUUUCCUGCUUCUUUCUUAUAGUUACACUUGUAGAAUUUUCUGAUGUUGUUUAUUUCAAAAUCUAACAUUAAAAGCUUACAGAGGAUUUUAUAAAUAGA